AUGAAUUUGCAAGCCAUCAAGGAAGCAGCUUAAUAACUCAAGGAUAAGCUUACCAAAUCUCCAUUAGAGUAGACGUUGUCUGAGGCAACUUCCAACGAGAAUUGGAAUACACCUACUAAAUUGCUAUAAGAAGUAGCGGAGGCUUCAUACGGAUACACUUCUUGCGAUACAAUAAUGAAAUUCAUAUGGAAGCGUCUUGAUUCGGAUAAUAAAGAAUGGCGUCGGAUUUUGAAAACUUUAAACAUGAUAGAGUAUUUAACAAAGAAUGGAGCACCUCGUUGUGUUGGAGAAUUCAGAGACAAUAUUUACAAAAUCAGAAGUUUCUCAGAUUUCUUUUUGGUUGAACAAGGCUCUGAUAAAGGACUCUCAAUUCGUGACAAGACAAAACAAUUGGUUGAUUUGUUGAGCAACGAAAAGUUGAUUGAAGAAGAAAGAGAGAGUGCCAAAAAGAUACGAGAACGUUUAGCAGCUGCUGGAGGUGUUGGAGCUAUUGGAAGUAACACAUCUUAUUAAGGUUAUGGAAGUAGUUCAUAUGAAGGAAAUAAGCCGAAAAAUUAUGGAUAAGAAUCCAAUCAAUCAUAGUCAACAAAUUAUUCAUCAAGUUAUGGCGGUUUAGAGAGUGGAGGAGGAUUAGACAAAUACAAAGGUUCAUCUAAUAAUAAUGCAAAUCUUAAUAAUAACACUAGUAAUGCUAAUGCUAACAACAAUAAUGCCAGUAAUAAUACUAAUAAUAAUGCUAAUAUAAGUUUUAAUGGAAUAUAAUGGGCUGCUCCUUAACAAUAAUAAGCAACUGCAGCACCAUUUUCUGAGCCCAUAAUGAAAUUGGCUAAACCUGGUGAAAAGUGGGAUGUUCCAGGACCUAAAUCUUAAUAACCCUAAUAACAAUAACAAUAACAAUAACAACAAUAAUAAUAAUAAUAAACAAAUUUAUUUGACAUUUUUGAUGCUCCAUAAUAAGUCCCUUAAUAAGUACCUUAAUAAUAACAUUAAAUUGCAUAACCUUUAUAACCACCUCCAUCACAAUAAUAGAAUAAUCAAAAUGAAUGGGGAUAAUUCUAAAAAGCUACUCCAAUCAGCAAUCCUAUUCCGUAAGCUUAAAUUCAACAAAAAGCAUAAACUAAUUUAUUGCCUAAUGAUAUUUUUGUUCCAGCUGCAGCAUAACAAUAGUAAUAAAAUGUUCCUUUUGGAUAAUACCAGCCUCCUCAACAAACCAAUUAGCAACUCUAUUAUUAAUAAUCUUAAUAACAAUAAUAAUAUUAACAACCUUAAGCCUAAUAAAACAUAUAAAAUUUAUACCCAUUGUAAUAGCAAUAAAAUUAAAAUUCAACUAAUUUGUACUAAAAUUAUUAAAUAAAUAAUUAUUAACAACAACCAAAUCUCAACUAUGCUAAACCAUAAGCUGCUGCAUAUUCACCUUAAGUUAAUAUAUAAGUUAACAACAAUCAACCAAAAGAAUAAUAUGAUGAAUAUUAUUUUGGGGAAUUUGUUUCUGCCAGUCAACCAAAGAACACUAAUAAUUAAACAGAUUUGUUAGGCAUGAUCGAUUUGAAAAAAGAAAAGCAAGAAUUAGAAUAGAAAAAAUAGAUUCCAAUAGCUACUUAAUCAAAUUAAUAGACUUAGUUGUAUGCAUCUUAAGCUGAAUUGGAUGGAUUCUAAUUUAAUUAUCAGAACAAAGCACCAGUUUAUGGAUCAUAUUAAUACCAAUAAAGCAGAUGAUUUAUAAUAAACAUAUAUAUGAUAUAAUUUGAUAACUAUUAAA